AUGGACAGUGGUGAGAAUAACAUUGAUAGAGUGAGUCAUAAGGAACGUCAAGGUCGUAGAGAAGAGCUGGCAAAGUGGAGGCAUCAGGCCGAGAGGUCCAGAAGGACCCAAGGUUUGAAGGUCGGACGAUCCGCCAAGAGGCGUCGAUCGGGAGGCCCGUCGUUGUGCCAGAAAGUGGAGCCAGCUUCUAUGCUGAGCAUAAAUAUCCACGGCACCGACAUAGCGUGUGAAUUGGAUACCGGAGCCUCGGUAUCGAUAUUGGAUGUGUCAUCAUGGAAGAAAAUAGGCAAGCCUCCACUCACGGAGCCCACAAUAGAGGCCACAGCCUACAAUAAUAGCCCGAUUCAGUUUCGUGGCAAGUGCACAGUGUGGGUUCAGUUCAAUGGUAGGCAAGCGAAAAUGGACCUGCAUGUAGUGGAAGGAGCCACUCGUACUUUAUGCGGAAGGGAUAUGAUCAGAGCCCUGGAAAUCGAUUGUGGCCCCCAUUAUCAGAGUAUACAUGAAAUGCAGGAUAAACCCCUGCUGAUGGUGGGCCAGAAGCUCACCAGGAUUUUACAGGAUAAUGCGGUGGUAUUUAAACCCGGCCUGGGAAGAUGUACAACCGCUCAAGCCACAUUAAAGUUUAAGGGAGAGCCAGUACCGAAGUUUUUCCGAGCACGACCGGUACCACUAGCCCUACGACCUAAAGUAGAACAGAAACUCAAAGAGUUAGUGGACAAUGGUACAUUAACCCAGGUGGACCAUUCGGAGUGGGCUACUCCGUAG